UCAUUAGAACUGCUUUGUUUGAGAGCUUCCAGCCAGCAUCAUGGGUGAUCGAUUAACACAAUUGCAAGAUGCUGUAGAUCAGCUGGCCACACAGUUCGUUGCAUGCCUUCACUAUGUCAACAAGCGACAUGACCUUGAAACACUUGGCCCUAAUGACAAGGUUCGCGAAGUGAAAGAUGCUCCAAAAGAAGUUGAUUCACUUCCUCCAGAUGAGUUUCGAGCGGGUAUGGUAGAGUUGUCACAGGAUCUUAUUGUCAAAGAGCAGCAAAUCGAGGUCCUCAUCUCAUCUCUCCCCGGCUUAGACAACAGUGAGAUGGAUCAGGAGAGAUACAUCAAAGAGCUGGAGGAGGAUUUGAAGAUUGCUGAAGCCCAACGCCAAGAAGCAAUCAAGGAGAAAGAUCAGAUUUUGUCUGAGCUUGACAGUGUUAUUCGCAGCAUACGACGACCAUAAUUACGGGUUCGGUCUGUUUUUGACACGUUUAUUGAUGCGUAGCGAGGAGUUCAGGGUACGAAUAACCAAAUGGAAGGCUGACAGCCCAUGCAAACGAGCAUUUUAUUAUUUUUGUUGA